AUGCCAGUUUUUCUUUCUCCAAUUUCACCACCCAUCUCUACUCAACCUGCUUCAACCUCACCACUUCCUCCACCAGUUAGUACUUUCCCAAUCUCAACUGCUCCACUACCACCUCCCAUUAUUUUUCAAGUCACAACAACCACUACAACCGAACCUUUGUCUCGUGUCAACGUAUCUGAUACGGGGGCACCUAUCGUUGGCACCGAAACCCCUGUUACCCCCAAACCACUUUCACCAUCUUCUUCAACCGAUUAUGAACCUAUUCUCUGUGGUGAUAACUUUGAUUUUGACUCAACCUACUACAGUCCGUAUCGGCUUCCAAGUAAAGAUGAAGAUGAUGCUCCGGUGACAAGAUUGCUUGAUUCAUCCUCCACUUCCUUGACGAAUGCCUAUUCUGAGGUGGUUAUCAAGGAUUUUCUAGACACAACUCUUCAACAGUAUAGUGCUUCCAUUGAUAAAUCUAGAAAGGCUAUGGAUGCCUCCACUUCUUCCUGCAAGAAAGCAACAGCAGAUGUGAUAGAACUUAUUCAUGAUUCAAAGGUUUUCUUUGAAUCACUCAAAGGUCACACAGACUCCAAUGCUUCCAAAGUCAAUGCUACUGUCGAUUUGCUCUCAAAGUUGCUUCAAGAGGAGAACACAAAGUUUGACUCUGUUCGUUCUAGAUUCCAAGUUGAUCACACUACUUUUCUUUCUUCGGUUAACACAUGCUUAGAUAAGCUUUAG